AGCUCAAGUGGAGGAGAGGCAGAGCAUCCUCCUCCAUCCACAGAGUCUCCGGUGAACAGAGAGACAGGGAGGGAUGCAGACAGAUGGACCAGGCGCCUGCCGUGUAAACAGGCGCUGAUUCGGCACACUUUUCCUCCUGUGUGUGAACCCCCCACAUGCGCAUCCACUGACAUACGGAUCCGUAUGAAGAAGAUCCGAGAGACCUUUUUUGAGAUAAGAUGAUCAUCAUCAGAGACAUGUAACAAUGACAAGCGGAGGGAACUGCUAAGAAAAAGGAUUCCAGGGCAGCGGAGCAGCGAGUCAAAGUCUGCGGUGUUAUAAAGAGGAUUAGAGGAUUUAUAAUCCAACAUCAGACGCGCGGAUGUAAAUCCAAAUAACUUAUGUUAACUGAAGAUUUCAACGAAGGUGAUACGAUUUGUCGCUUCAUCCACUGGCGUGUUCCUCCGCUCAUCUGGAAGACGUCUACAUCGGCUCCUCUGGAAAUUAAAAUAACUGUAUUUUUUGGAGACUGCUAAUUUUUACGGAGACUUUCCAUUUGAACUGAUUGGAUCUCUUUCGCCUCUAAUUAGUAAGUGAUGGCUAUCACUGGAGACUCGACAGCCAUGCUCGACACAUAGUGUGGAGUUGUUUUGGGGCUGAUUUCAAUGCGCACUGACAGCUUUGGACUCGACUGACGUCUCGCAGACUUUGUGGAAAAGAAGACCUAUGCGUGUCGUUGAUGUAUGGUGAGCUCCGUUUUGGUUCCGUAUUUCGGAGAGGAUCGCCUGUCCAAGCCUGAGAGAGGAGUCCACCACACUGACAUUCCCCACCAAGACGACACCAGACGGCUUCUAAUCAAUUUCAACUUCCCAACUGAAGUUUGGGCCUGGAAUAUAUCAAUAGAUGAUUUUCGGAGGACCAGAGACCAGUUACAUCUAGUGCAGCAAAAUGUUCAAAAGGGGCUGUGGGCUGGAGUUCCUGCUGGUCCUUUGCGGCCUGGAGCUCUCGUGGUCCUGCCCUCGUCACUGCAUCUGCUACACGGCGCCGAGCACCGUCUCCUGCCAGGCGCACAACUUUCUGUCCGUGCCGGAGGGCAUCCCGGCCAACAGCGAGCGCAUCUUCCUGCAGAACAACAAGAUCCACCGGCUGCUGCGUGGCCACUUCAGCUCCACCACCGUCACCCUGUGGAUCUACUCCAACAACAUCUCCUACAUCGAUCCCUCCACGUUCCACGGCUUCACCCUGCUGGAGGAGCUGGACCUGGGGGACAACCGCCACCUGCGCUCCCUGGCCUCGGACACCUUCCACGGGCUGAGCCGGCUCAACGCGCUGCACCUGUACAGGUGCGGCCUCAGCGCCCUGCCCAACAACAUCUUCCAAGGCCUGAGGAACCUGCAGUACCUCUACCUCCAGGAGAACCACCUCAAGUUCCUGCAGGACGACACCUUCAUGGACCUGCACAACCUGAGCCACCUCUUCCUGCACGGGAACCGUCUGUGGAGCCUUCACCAGAACACCUUCAGGGGCCUGCGGGCCCUGGACCGCCUGCUGCUGCACCAGAACCAGAUCCAGUGGGUGGACCGCCUGGCUUUCCACGACCUGCGCCGUCUCACCACCCUCUACCUGUUCAACAACUCCCUGGUGGAGCUGUCCGGGCAGUGCCUGGACACACUGCCCGCGCUGGAGUACCUGCGCCUCAACGACAACCCCUGGUCCUGCGACUGCAAGGCCCUGUCGCUGUGGGAGUGGCUGAAGCGCUUCAAGGGCUCCACCUCCACGGUGGGCUGCCAGGCGCCCGCCCCCAUGCUGGGCCAGGACCUCAAGCAGCUCAAGCAGGAGGACUUCCCCCACUGCUCCCCCACCGUGCCCAACUCCGAGUCCCGUGCCCAGAGCAAGACCAACAACCUGUCCGGCACGGUCAACCCGUCCAUGAACGGCGGGGUGGUGGCGGUGGCGGCGGGGGGGCAGACCCGCAUCGUGCACCCCCCGCCGCCGCCGGCCGCCCGGCCCGGACGGUCCCGGAACUGCACCAAGCCCCGCAACCGGUCCGGCGGCAAGGGCAAGGGCGACAACGAGGUGCACUCCAAGGAGCUGAUGGCCGACAAGGAGGACUCGUCCCCGGACUUCGGCGACGGGGGGAAGUACGACCACACGUCCCCCGACGGCACCGUCACGCGGAGGAAGCACAAGUGCACUCCCCGGACCACGGUGCGCCCCCCUAGUGGGGUGCAGCAGGCCAACAACAGGGCGGCGCUGAUGCACCGCUCCUCGCUAUACCUUGGCCUUCUGUUGGGGGCCCUAGUGAUCUCAGACAUGGCGCACAUCCUGCGUUGACCAGCAGGGGGAGGCGAAAAAGCUCAUGGAUAGAAAAUCGCGAAACCCCCUCGAGCGGUGCACAUAGGCCCCGAGGCUCAUAUGUGUGUGUCCUAUUGUGUGGCGUGUGUGUGUGUGUGUGUUUGAUGUUGUUGAUGUAUGUGCGUGUGAGUGUGUAUGAGUGUGGAUGUGUGUGGAUGUGUGUAUGUGUAUGUUUGUGUACAACUGUGUGUAGGAGCAUACUUUUCAGAGUAUGAAACCUCCAAGCAUCCCAACAUGUAAGCAGAGAGACUCGUAGUACUUUUCGAGGGGCUACGAUCCGUGGGAAAAGGGGGGGAAGGGAAUAGGAGGAGAAAUGCAGCACAAGCUUGCACUGCCAUUAUAAUUAAACCUAAAAUUGUCUGUGUUUCUCUUUUUUUCCUUUAAAGCUAAGUCUUUCACUCAAACAAAGUUUCAAAGAUGAUCCUUGGAGACCAGAUGAAUGGAUUUACCAUUUUCCCCAUGAGAUGGGGAUGGAGAGAGAGUGGUGUGUGUGUGUGUGUGUGUGUGUGUGUGUGUGU